CCCAAAUGUAGACUCAUACCAAUUUCACAAACUUCUGCUAUUCUCCACCGUUCUCUUGAUAACACGGUUCCCGCCAAAGGCGCUACCUAGCAUCGUAGAGAAGCACUCCCUAUACAGCAGCGAGAGCAACACCGCAUACAUCUUUCACCCUCACACCCACAAUGUCCUACACAACCGACGCCUCCCGCUGGCGCGCCCUCUCCACCCGCGACCCCGCCUCCGCCACCGCCUUCGUCUACACCGUAAAAUCCACACGCAUCUACUGCCGGCCGACCUGUCCCGCGCGCCUCGCCCGCCGCGCAAACGUCGGCUUCUGCUCCACCCCCGCCGAAGCCUCCGCCACGGGUUUCCGCCCUUGCAAGCGUUGCAAACCCGACACCGCCAUCACCGAAGAUCCACAGGAAAAAGCCGUCGCGCGGGCGUGUAGGUUGAUUGAGGAGGGGGUGAAGAGGGGGGAGGAGGGGAGGGAGGGAUUGAGGUUGCAGGAGCUGGCGAAGAGGGUGGGAUUGACGCCGAGGUAUUUUCAUAAGAUAUUCAAGGAGAGGAUGGGGGUUACGCCGCGGGAGUGGGCGAGGGGGAAGAUGGGUGGGGUGGACGGAGAAGGGCAGAGGGAGGGAACAAGUGAGACGAGGACGCCGAGCUUGGUGCUGGACAGUCCGCCGGAAAUGGACGGGUCUAAUUUGGAUGCGUUCAACUUCAAUGAGUUGGUGGACUUUGGGGGGAAUGCGGGGAUUGCUGGGGACGCGAUGGAAAUGGACCCGGCGAUGGCCCCGAUGGAGGGGUUCGGCGAGCCAUUCGAUGUGAAUGCUUCCAUGUGUGGUUGGGAUACGUUCGCGCCUGACUAUCUGGGAGAAGGAUUCCGGCUCGAUGAUACACUACUAAAGUGGACGGACGGCAGCUUGGUAUCAGAUGCUGCUAUGGCGAAGACUUCGACGACGUUCGAGCAGGACGCGGCCCUCCUCCUGGACAUGAGCCGUGUAACGGACCUCAACGAUACGUUAUAUGUGGACGCGCUUGGAUGAGACAUCCUG